AUGGCCACCUUAACCCCAAGAAUCCUGCUACUUUCAUGCUUUCUUCUUCCAUACUUGACCACAACCUUGUACGCAGAUUCAACAGACAAUUAUCUCAAUACUCCCGAGCUCAAUUCAAGCUUUAUUUCCCAAACUACUAAGAACCUUAUCCUCAACGCCAUAGACUCUUGCUGGAGAGCCAACUCAAACUGGGCAUCAAAUCGGCAAGCCCUAGCUGAUUGUGCUGUUGGGUUUGGCAAAGAUGCAAUGGGAGGUAAGUUUGGGGCAAUCUAUGAGGUCACUGAUGCCUCCGAUGACCCUGUGAAUCCUAAACCAGGGACACUUCGUUAUGGUGUGAUCCAAACUCGGCCUCUUUGGAUAAUAUUCACCAGAGACAUGGUUAUUAGACUCAAGAACGAGCUAAUAGUGAAUAGCUAUAAGACCAUUGAUGGCAGAGGAGCCAAGAUGGAGAUUGCUUAUGGACCUUGCAUUACGAUUCAAGGUGUUAAUCACGUCAUUAUACAUGGGAUUAGCAUCCACGAUUGUAAACCAGGAAAAGCCGGGAUGGUUAGGAGUAGUGAAGAGCAUGUGGGGCAUCGGGGAGGAUCAGAUGGAGAUGGCAUUACCAUAUUUGCUUCUUCGAAUAUUUGGAUCGAUCAUUGCUUCUUGGCUCGUUGCACAGAUGGCCUCGUUGAUGUUAUUCAUGCCUCAACUUCUAUCACUAUCUCUAACAAUUACUUAACCCAGCAUGACAAAGUGAUGCUGCUAGGCCACAGUGAUGAAUAUACAGCGGAUAGAAUAAUGAAAGUGACAGUGGCCUUCAAUCGUUUUGCCAGCGGCCUCAUAGAGAGAAUGCCAAGGGUGAGAUUUGGGUAUGCGCAUGUAGUGAACAACCAAUAUGAAGAGUGGAUCCAGUACGCCAUUGGAGGCAGUGCCGACCCUACCAUUUUAAGUGAGGGAAACUACUUCAUAGCUCCAAACAACGCUGCUGCAAAACAGGUUACGAAGAGGGAAACAAAUGAUAAGAACUGGAAUAAGUGGAAAUGGAGGACAUACAAGGAUAAAUUCAUGAAUGGAGCAUAUUUUGUUCCAUCAGGAUAUGGAAGUUGUGCCCCUUAUUAUUCUGCUUCACAAUCUUUUGUGGCUUCUCCUGCCUUCUUGGUCCCUCGCUUAACUCUCAACGCUGGUCCUCUUCAUUGUGUCCUUGCCAAAGCUUGUUCAUGA